AUGAAAAUGGUGCUGGUCCUCAUCAAAUCAGGUGAUUUGAAAGCCUGCGUUUUGGAGAACGUCAAAGAUGAGUGUCCAGAGUUCGACUGGGGAGUUGUUAGCCUCAAGGCUGAACAAUACAUGCUUGCACAGCAAAGGACCAGAGUCUUCCUCAGAGGCUUGCGGAGAACAGUUGGAAAAGGAACGGUGCCAGAACCCCUGGACCCAUUUGGAAAGAAGCCUUUGGUUGAUUUCCUAGAUCCCAAGUUGCCAUCCGUGGACAAAUCCACGUUGACGGAUGUUAUGCGCCAGAAUCUGAUCGAUGCUAUGGCAGCAAUCAACAAAAUGAUGAAAAAGGGAGACGCGGUUUCCAGCGACAUCAUUGUGUUUCCAUUGGACAGAGCGGAAGGAAAGGUCUAUGUUCGCAGGUUCUCCAAGAACAUCGUGCCGACGUUGACGACAACGAACAAGUAUUUGUUUCUUGCUUCGCUUGACCUUGAGAUGCCAGAGAAAGACCGCAAGUUUUUCCGCUUUUUGUCAUCGACAGAACGCAUGCUGCUGCAGUGGUUCGAUGCAGACACGCUGUAUGACUGCAGCGAUGCGCUGAGGAUCAAAGGGGCUGGGAACGCAUAUCCGGUACCACUCAUCAUUGCUGUUGUGGCUCCACUAUUGAUGGAGAUUAGACCAAAUCUGGGCACCGUGCCCCGAUCCUCCACUUCGCUGGGCGCCCAAGAUUGUUCUAAGUUUGAUGAGUUCAUGGAGGUGGCUAAAGUGAAGGCUCGCCUCAUUUCCCAGGGAAACGCACGACGCAUGGCGUCCAAAAGGUUGAAAGACUUGCUUUCCUUUCUGUCAAGCCUAAGUGGUUUGAAGGAUGCCCCGCGGUCAAUGGAGCAACAACAGCGCCUGGUGGAAGGCUGCCUCCAAGACUUUGUGACGGGGCCCAAAAUCGAGAUGACAGAAGGGACAGAGAUGGUGAACUGGGUCACUGCUGCUUCAAUCCCAUAUUGGAUGAGGGAGCAGGUCUUGCGGGCAGUGCAGGACAAGGUUCUGGCCGACCAGACCAAUCAGAAGGAACCUGCUAAAGGAAAAAGACAACCUUUGCAAAGGAACUUGCACCUGUUCCACUACUUCACAGAGGAGGAAUGGGGAGUGAUGAGAAGUGAAACCCAAGGCUUGAACGCAAAGCUCCAAAUCUUGAAGAACAGGUGCCAGUUCAUUGGGCUCACAUGUCCUACAGAACCCACAUAUGUACUUGCCAACGUCAUUCUUCAUUUGGCUGCCCACAAUGGGCCCCCAGAAACUUUUCAGAUUGAUACAAGGAAGGCAUUUAGGGUCCUCAGGGAUGUCAAAACGGUCAUCAAGUCAGGCAGCAAAAAGGGGCAGCAUUCAGGCUUGGAAGUUUAUCCGAGCGACCCAAAAGGUUUGCCUGAUGCCAUCAAACAAACUGCGUAUUGCAAUGCGCAACCUGUGGCGUGCCCUUUGGACAUUGAUACUAUAGAAUCUUUAGCGAUGUCUUUUCCAUGCAGGGAGACGCAUGGUGAUGUUCGACGAGCGGGGCAUUCUGGUGUUUCAUUGCGUUCCUCACACCGUGAUGAUGGUUUGCGGGAUAUCCUUUGCAAUGCGCUUUUGGACAGGUUUAUGGGUGGGUCUGGAGGAAGCCAGCCAGAAGCCCUAACCAUUUUUGGAAAUGGACAAUCUUUCAAAAAGAGAGGCAAGCAACCUUUGGCUUUGGAAGAUGGUUUUGUUGAUGGUCCUGAGGACAAAAAGUGCAAAACAACAGUGUCUCCUGAAGUCACUGAAGUCAUUCCUGAAGAUGGUUUGCCAAAGGCGGUUGAGGUGGAGAUGGAAUUGCACUGUGAAACGAAUGGAUCAGAAAAACCAAAACCCAGAUCAGUUGAUGACAUGGCACUUGCCAUUCGUGAGCAUUCUAUGAAGUUCCCUGGGACAAAGGCAGCGAAACCCUAUCACUUGGAGGAGGCCACAAUUUACACGUGUCCCAACAGCCAAAGUUGGCGCGUCAAGAAAACAGGGGACAAGAAAGAUCGAGCUUUUUCUUGGAAGAAGGAGGAUCCCAAAAGUACAUGGAAACGAGUGGUGGGGUACCUCGAGGAGAUUGCAAAUUGA